AUGCUUUGGCAACCGCGCCCAAAGGUCGAGAUCAAGCCUCCCAGCAACAAAAUCGAGCUGUGGCAGCCUGCGUCGCCCUCUGAGGUUCCUACAUCACCAACCAGCACCACCAGUGGGUGGAGCACUAGUGAGAGCGCCGAUGGCAGAGUCCGAAACCCGGGCCGACGUUUCGGCCAAAUUAUUCGUCUGAGAAAGGAACGCGCCGAAGAGUACAAGGCUUGCCAUGCGAAAGCCUGGCCCGAGGUGCUCAAGCAGAUUAAGGAGUGCAAGAUUGAAGAUUACAGCAUUUGGUACGACGAACAAUCGAGCAUGCUCUUCUCUUCGUUCAAAUACGUUGGUUACGACUAUGACGGCGAUAUGAAGCUCAUGGCAGAGAAUCCAAAGGUCCGCGAGUGGUGGAAGAUGACCGACUCGAUGCAGGAGAGCUUGGUUGAUGGCGCGGUUGGCUCGGCUGAUGCGCCAGGAUGGUGGAAGCCCGUCGAGGAAGUCUUUUACCACGCCUAA